UCAUUACGGCCGGUGAUCGAAGGUCACGAGAUGGCCAGAUCGCCUGCAGCAACGCGGCUCCUCUUCGUUUACGGCUGCUUCUUCUUCCUCGUGAUCUCCUUGUCGUCGUCUCGUGAUGCUCCUCCUCACCGUGCCGGCGGCGGCGGCGGCGAGGGGGACGACCCUGCACCGCCGCUCUCAUUCAGCUUCGACUUCUCCAACAUUUCCACCUAUCACUUAGAAGACCUCCGGUUCGAGGGCAACUCCACCCUGCACGGGAACCUGGUGGACCUCACCUGCAACUCCUUCGGGCAUGGCAUCGACAACUGCAUGGGGCGGAUGUCCUACAACCACCCAGUGCUCUUCUACGACAACACCACGGGCGAGGUGGCCAGCUUCGCCACGCGCUUCACCUUCGCCAUCAGCCUCCACAAAGACGACGGCACCAGGGGCGAUGGCAUGGCUUUUUUCCUCGCCAGCUACCCGUCGAGGAUACCCGACGGUGGCGACGCCACCGGGGGCAACCUCGGCCUCCACACCGGCGACGGGGCAGACCCCAACGGCACGAGCAGGUUUGUUGCCGUUGAGUUCGACACGUUCAACAACACAUUUGACCCCAUCGGAGUAGUCGACCACAUCGGCGUUGACAUCAACACCGUCAAAGCCUCGGCCAACACCACGAGCUUGCCCACCUUCAGCCUCAACGGGACCAUGACGGCGACCAUCACUUUCAACAGCAGCACCCGGAUGCUGACGGCCUCCUUGCUGUUUGACGACCGUCCUGAUCUUGACCCUGUUGAGGUCAGCUCGCAGCUACCCUCUCCCCUCACGUCCUUGCUCCCGUCGGAGGUAGCUGUGGGGUUUUCCGCCGCCACCGGUGUAAGCUUCGAGCUUCAUCAGAUACUAUCUUGGUCUUUCAACUCCACUCUAAUACUUCAACUUCCGCCCUCGAAAAACAACUCCUCCACUCCACCUCCACCUCCAUUUCCCCCUCCGAAAAGUAACUCCACUUUUCCACCCUCGAAACGCAAUGGCAUCUCUAUAUCAGGUUAUUUCAUAAGUAGACCUGUCUUGAUCACUGUUCUGGUGGUCGUCGGUGCACUCGUGGUUUGGUCAAUUCUCUCUUGUAUCAUUUGGUGGCGCAGGACAAGCGAUGAUCAUUCAUCCGGCCCUAAGCGAUUCAGGUACCGCGACCUGGCUACUGCGACGCGCAAAUUCUCCAAUGAGAACAAGCUCGGAGAAGGUGCCUACGGCACAGUGUACAAAGGGACCUUCGUCAAGAAUGGCAACGAAGAGGUGCUAGCCGUGAAGAAGAUGAAUGCUUGUCACAGGCGAGCCACCAGGGGCUUCGAAGCCGAGCUUGACACCAUCAGUCGCACGGGCCACACGAACUUGGUCAGGCUGAAAGGUUGGUGCCGCCGCAGGAACAUGAACUUGAUCAAUUUUAUGUGUUGGUGCAGAGAGACACAGAACGUGGAGCUCUUCCUUGUCUAUGAACUAGUUCCUAAUGGCAACCUCCACGAGCACCUGCACACGAAAAACGAGGUGCUACCAUGGACGACCAGGUACCAAAUAGUGAAGGACAUAGGACGCGCUCUUCGUUACCUUCACGACGAGUGCGGCCGAUACAUCUUGCACAGAGACAUCAAGCCAUCCAACAUACUCCUGGACAAUGAUUUCAACGCUAAGCUUGCCGACUUCGGGCUGUCAAGGGUCGCCGACGAGGGCAACGGAACACUGGAGAUCACCGCGGAAGGGACGGAGGGAUACAUUGAUCCAGAGUGCAGGAGAAAUGGGAGGGUCAGGUUCAGGCCUUCGUCCGACGUCUACGGCUUCGGGAUCGUCCUUCUGGAGAUCGCCUGCAGGAGGCACACCAGCAAGGAGCAAAUCUGGAGCCUGUUGCACAACACACAAAACAAUGGUGCUGAUGCAGGGCUGCUGCUAAAUCAGGUCGCUGAUCCAAGGUUGAACGGCGACUUCGACGUGGCGCAGAUGCAUCGUGUGCUUGUCCUGGGCCUCUGCUGUUCCUUCCCAACCGGUGCCCAACGGCCUACCAUGCAGGCAGUCAUGAAUGUCCUGGAGCACGGCGCGCCGUUGCCUGACUUAAACCCUGCUCCAGCUCCGUUGCCUGACUUAAACCCGACGGUAUGA